GGGGUGAACGGGGGUACGUCUGCCGUAAAGUGGGAGGCGGCUGAUGGGGACAAAGGCUGGGUCCCGAAGAAGCGCAGGGUCAGAAAAGUGACCCCCAAAGCCGUCCCUGCACCCGAACCCUAGGAAGGCCUCGCGCAACCGCAGGGCCAUCGGCACUGGUUUACGACCUGGGCGGGGCGGCCCGGAGGCUCUAUGCAAAUCAGCCCGGCGGGCUCCGGAAGCAGCGCUCCCUCCACUUCCGGCGCUUCCGGCCGAGCCCGCGACCCCUAGACCCCGAGAGCCCGCGCCCCCUAGGCCUCGAGAGCCCGCAGCUCCGGCCCGGCGGCGAUGGCGCGGAACGUGCGCGUGCUGGUGGACAUGGACGGCGUCCUGGCCGACUUCGAGGCCGGCCUCCUGCGGGGCUUCCGCCGCCGCUUCCCUGAGGAGCCGCACGUGCCGCUGGAGCAGCGCCGCGGCUUCCUGGCCCGCGAGCAGUACCGCGCCCUGCGGCCCGACCUGGCGGAUAAAGUGGCCAGUGUGUACGAAGCCCCGGGCUUUUUCCUGGACCUGGAGCCCAUCCCGGGAGCCUUGGACGCUGUGCGGGAGAUGAACGACCUACCGGACACGCAGGUCUUCAUCUGCACCAGCCCCCUGCUGAAGUACCACCACUGUGUGGGUGAGAAGUACCGCUGGGUGGAGCAGCACCUGGGGCCCCAGUUCGUAGAACGAAUUAUCCUGACAAGGGACAAGACGGUGGUCUUGGGGGACCUGCUCAUUGAUGACAAGGACACAAUUCGAGGCCAGGAGGAGACCCCAAGCUGGGAGCACAUCUUGUUCACCUGCUGCCACAAUCGGCACCUGGUCCUGCCCCCGACGAGGAGACGGCUGCUCUCCUGGAGUGACAACUGGAGGGAGAUCUUAGAUAGCAAGCGAGGAGCUGCGCAGCGAGAAUGAGCGGGGAUGCCGCGGGCAGCAGCUGGAGCUGAAGGAAGGGCAGGCCCACAGGGGCCACCGCAGAGCCGAGUCGGGGCGGCAUCGUGCUGGUGCCUCUGGCCCCGUGGAGUGGAGCAGGCAGAUACCGUUAAGCGCUGUGCUACCGGGCCCCAGGCCCAGCCACCCGGUACCUCCCGAGAGGCUGUCCCUGGACCCUGGCUGGCAUGGAAAUACAGUGGGAAAACCAGUCGGGACCUUUAAUAAAAGACCUUGGCUUUCUA